AUGUCCGACUGCCCACAGGUUCGCCCCAAGGAGCUCGUUGGUAAUGAGGAGGAGGAGGAGGAGGAGGAGGAGGAGGAGAACGGGGAGGGGGACCAGCAAAUAGAUCUGAACGAGGCGGUCGCCACUGUGACCGGCGUGUUCAUUCUGGGAGGCUGUGAACAGGACCGGCAGAAGGACUCGCUGCUGCUCAGUGACAACCACAUCGGCGUGGCCCUGCGCUUCUUCAGAUCGCGAAAAGACAUGAGUCAUCGGAUUUUCUCCCACAAUGUGACGGUCUUCGGCUCGACGUCCGCCUCGACGUGUGCUGCAUCGACGGACUGCCGCGCUUACGGGGCAGAGGACACUUUGGCCGCAGGCUGCAACUCGGUGAUUGGCGGCGCUUACCGCCGUGUGGGUAUAAUGACACACAUGAUCAACAGCCUGGCAAAGCUCUGCGAACUUGGUAAGCCCGGCAAUAGCUGUCGGCCACCAACGCUCCCUGUGAAGAUGUGCGUCAUGCCCUGGGAGCACCGCAUCGGGACCCUGGGCUCCCGCUACUCCGAGGCUCACUGGGAUGGCAUCACAUUCGGCCACUUCUCCGGCAGCGACUGCGGCAAGCCCUCCGUAGCCUUCACGUACAACCCCACGAACAUCGACGCGUCCUACCCGCAAUUUUUCUCGGAUGUCACGUGGCUCCCGUCUGUCGACAUCGAUGCCCGGGUCUACUUGGGCGAGUCGUCCAUUCGCCACAACAAGGUCGUCAUGAGUGGCGACUUAGAUGGCACGAACCAGAUAGUCUUGACUGAUGCAGAUGGCUCUCUCCUUUCUGGAGCAGCCGAUGGCUCGCUGGUGACCGUCUAUAAUCCAGCCCUGGCGCAGCAGUCCUGCUCCGAGGUGGGUGGCAGCUACUACAGCUGCCCAAAUCUGCCUUUGCGUUACCUUACUUGGGAGGCUGCUGGCGGACCCGCACAUCGUGUGCUGAGCAAGUUCAAGGCUUGGCGCUCCUCCGAUCGGCGGGCGACCUGGUCACAAGGUCCGAUGCCGGCAAAGGGCUGCAUUCCGGACGACCCGGAUCAGGACCGGAAUUGGAAGAUCAGGCCAAACGACACCUACAAGCUCACGAUGUUUACGUCGCCACCGAAGCAUCAUCGCCUGUUCUGGUUCAACGAUAAUGCCGACGAGGCUAUCCGUUUGGACAUCUUCCUCACACAGCCGUUCCGAUUGGAGGUCUACGUCGAUGGCGCAUUGUUGCCGGAGGAGAGCUUUGACACCAGCCAGCUGGAUCCACCUCGCCUUCCAGAGCUCUCCGAUCCGCACGGCUCGUACGCCUUCGACCCACAUGCUCGGCGCUUCUACCUUGUGAUGAAGGGCGGAACCUUCGCCGGCCGCCCGGCGACAACGGGAGGUGGCUAUGUGCUGCUGAGGAUGCUCCAAGUUGUUCAGAUCUCCAUGCAGCUGUCCGUGAAGCUGGCCGACUUCGAUGGCCCGAACAUUGUGAACAACCUGGCGACCCUGCUCCAAAUCGACACCUCGAGGAUCAAGAUCGUGUCUGUGCAGACUGCCGCACAGGUAGCGGGGGCAGGUGGACGUCGUUUGCAGGCUGAUGGCGUAGAUCUGACCUUCCAGAUUGUCGAGGAGAGUUCAGAGCCCAUACCUGGCGAGGCAGAGAAUGCUACAAGCGGCAACGAGUCAGAUGACUCCUUCGACUUCAGCGGGGACUCUCUUGCGAAGCUCACGCCACUGGUCCAGGUGCUCCAGAACGCGUCAGAGACGGGAGCUCUUUCACAGGCUUUGAACACGGGCGUGGUGGUCCGAAGCAUUGAGACCACAGAUCCAACGCUGCCAGCUGCGGUGGAAAGCACGACGACAACUUCCGCCACUGCUACGACUACAACCACCACUACGGGAACUGCUACAAGUACGACCACAAGCUCCACCACGGUUACGGUCACAGAUACUUCGACUCAGACGAGCACCCGUACGACUUCGCAUACGACUACUACUGCAACCACAAGCAUCACCACCCAGACAGGCACAACUAGUCGCACGGCCACACGUACAACUACCGGCACGACCUCCACAUUCACACAGAGCACCACGACCACCCUUACUGCCACAACCGUGACCACGACACCGGACGUGGCAGACGGUGCCACGUGGACCGCAACAUCCACCACCAGUUGGAGCACCACUUCGGCCACCCACACGGAGACGACCACUUGGAGCACCACUCGGACCGUGACUAGCACGACCACAUACACGGCCACCCACACGGAGACGACCACUUGGAGCACCACUCACACAGUGACUGACACGACGACGUACACGGCCACCUACACAAGCACAGACACGAUCACCGACACGACGACCGGAACAGCAACAACUACUCGCACUGAGACCACAAAGACUUCAACUCAUACAACCAGUGUCUCAGUCACGGGCAGCUCCACAUCUUCGCCUUCCACUGCAGACGCGGAAACAUCCACAACUGCCGUGGCCACGACAGCACAGGCCUCCACCGCCGGGGCAUCCACAAGCCCCAGCGAAGUAGAGACGUUCACAUCGACUUGGUCGGACACUUCCGUGAGCACGUCUGAAGAGCUGCUUCUUGCUACCAGCUCCAAUUUCUCGAGCAAUGGCAGCCUCAGCGAGACGUUGGCACCCGAGGGAGACCUCGAGGGGCCCCAAUUCGCCGUUGCCGCGCUGAUUCCCGCAGAACCAUUGGAUGGCGUCGCCUUCUCCGUCGCCAUCGGCUCGGCCGCAGGCGUCGCCUUCGGUGUGGCCACCGUUAGCGCGCUACUGAUCUACCGCGGCUGGCGGACUCCGCCUGUUCGUCUCGACAGGGUCCAGCCUCUUACGGCUGUCGUGCCGGUGGCUUGGGAGCCAGCCAGGAAGCUCCCUUAA